CACCUGUGCCAUAAAUAUAUCCUCCACCUCGUCUUACCCCUUUCUCCUCCCACAGCCAACAAAUCCCCCUCCUCUCCCUUUCCCGCCCUUAACCUCAAAGCUAAAACCCCUCUUAAAACCCCCCGGAUUAUCCUGAGAUCGACGGAGGGUUUCGUGUUUUCUUUUGCCUCGGUUGAGGAGUUCUUGGAUCUCUCUGGUUUUGAGGUUUUGGGGGUUUGGGAUUUUCCGGGUGCCUUUGCUUGUUUGACCCGGUUCUUGGAGAGUGAGCGGUGAGCUAGUGGUGGUAGUGAUAGUUCACUCACUGGGGGAGUGCUUAGAUCUGAGAAAUCUUUGGGAUUUUCUUUUGUGUUUUUUUGAAGUUGAUUUGGGAAGUUUGAAGGAGAAAUUUGAGGUCUUGUUUGUUUGGGUUUUACCUCCAAUUCGGGUGAGUUUGUUUGCUGGGUUGGUUCGUGCGUUUUCUUGGAUGAGAUUUGGGGUGACGUCCUCGUAGCGGGCGGUGGAUAUGCGUCCUCCGGCGAUGUCUCCGGCGGACUCCCUCGCCGCCGGCAGGAGCCGCCGUGUUGGGGCUAGCAUGCCUCGGCCCAAGCGUGUCCGCGUCUACUUCGUGGACGCCGACGCCACGGACACCGACUCCUCCGGGGACGAGCGCUCCAGGCCGCGCGUCCGGGAGGUCAUCGACAUCGACGUCGGGGCCGCCUCGCCGGCGCCGGCGCCGAAGCACCCGAGGCGGCUGGUUCCGACGGCGACGGCGGCGCUGGCCCGGCGGCGCGCGGGGAUGGCGGCGAGCCGGCGGUUCCGCGGCGUGCGGCGGCGGCCGUGGGGCAGGUUCUCGGCGGAGAUCCGCGACCCGAGCCUGCAGAAGCGGCUGUGGCUCGGCACCUUCGACACCGCCGAGGAGGCCGCCGCCGUGUACGACGACGCCGCGCUCCGCAUCAAGGGCUCCCACGCCGUCACCAACUUCCCCUCCGACUCCGACACCCCCUCCGCCAAGGCCAAGCAGAUGAAGCUCCACCCUCGCCGACACACCACCCCGGACAAGACCCCAAGCUCUUCCACCGCCGCCGCCGCCAAGGCCUCCGUCCCCGAUCCGACGCCGGCGCCACCGGAGGAGGACCGCGCCAACGACAGCUCGUUCAACCCGUUCGCGUCGCCGACCUCCGUGCUCCGGUACGCGGCAGCGGACGAGGUGACCGCGCCAUCCUUCGAGCACCUCCUCGUCGAGCUGGGCGACCUCUCGGCGCCGCCGCCUUCCACCAAGGCGGCGGAGUUCGACUGGCUGCCGUGGUGGGAAGGGGAGGACUUCGUGACGGCGGGGCUGACGGCGAGCAACGCCGUCAGCGUGAAAUGACGCCGCUGCCCCCCUCCACCCAUUUCGCGCUCUCGGGGCGGGAAAAGUUGGCGGGAGACGGCGCAUCAGCAGCAACCAGCAGCAAUGUUAUUACUACUAGUAUUAUAUUAAUUUUAUUAUUAUUAUUUCGUGGCAGUAAAAAAAAACCCAGCGGAGUUUGUACUCCCUAGUGAAGUGAGCAGUAGUAGUAAAUGGUGGUGGCGUGGGGCCCAAGGCGGGCGCUCGCUUUGUGCGUGAGCUGCCUUGAAUGGCACGUCUCCCGCGUGGAAACGGAACAGUGUAAUUGCGUGGCAGAUAUUUAUUUUUUCUUUCUUUUUUUUUUUUGCUUUUGUUGGGAGUGGAGUGGGGGAGGAGUAAUUAAAUGGUGGUGUGGCGUUGUCUCUCGUCUCACGUGGUGCGCAGUGGUCAGACCAUGUCAGCGCUCACAGCCGCAGUUGGAGUGAAAGAAUCGGGUGUGACUAGUGGCUGCUGAUGCGGGUGAUUAGCUGUUAAUUACACACCCUGGUCGUCUCACGAGUCACGACCGGUGACAGCAACGGGGGUUUGUUAAUGUGGUUGGUGAUUUUUAAUCUGAUGAGGGAAAAUGGAUGUCCGGAUUUACUACUA